AUGUCUUCUAAAUAUUUCCCUCCAACAGGUGGUGUUCUCCGACCAGGAGAAACAGUCGGUACUGGCCGUGAGGUCCGCCCAGCCGAUGACAAAUCACCAUUUGCUCAUGAGCCUAAGGGACUCGGAACGCUACGCGAUGUCAGGGAGGAGCGUUUUUACUUGGGUGGGGUGCUGACAUUGGGGGAAGAGCAGCCAAGGUCUUUCGUUUAUGACCCAUAUCCAGAUUACAACGGACCAGAAUGGCGCAACGAGUUUAUGGGCAACUUUCAAUCUUGCCAAGGACCUAGAGGAAACAUCCUCGACCGUAGAAGCCCCAAAGACAUGGUUUCCGUCUAUCCUGGUGUGCCAAAAGAAUUUCCCCCCUCAUUGGUCGGCUCAUACGCAGCUACUGACCUUGAUGGGUAUGUUUGCGUUGACCGGCAUUCUCGGUUGGGUGCGUACGGAUACGGUGACCAGUAUCACAUAGCAUCCCAGUCUCGGAUCGCAGGGACUGUACAAUGGGAUAGGGUGAAUUGGGGCGAUCUCCAGACACAAUGCGUUCAGAAAAAUAAAGAGAGAUUCGAGGUAUCCCAAACCAAUCAAGCCCAUGUCUUGCACGCUUUGCCGCAAAAGCCCCCAGCUUCGGCGAGUGCUUCUCAAGAGAAGCCUCCUUCAUCGAAUCCGCUCGGUCAGCAAGUUAAAAAGAGGUCUGCGAUUAUUCUGCGAGCUUGGCAUGAUAUGGAUUGGAAUGAGAAUAUGAAGCAGCAUGUUCGAUCCCUUAUCAUGGAGCUGUCUCUUCAUUCCGGCGGAGAGUACGAGGUCUUCAUCUUGUCCCAUUUGAAAGCAAAGUUCAUCCCUCCUGAGUUCCAUGACAUUACCGUGCUUUUUAAUGAUCAGACGCUUGAGUCGUGGUACCCGAAUAUCGAAGAGCAUAGUCCAAUGUUUCAAUACUGGCAACCUGUACAGGCAUUUGCACAGUCUCAUGCUGACUUUGACUACUACUGGCAAAUUGAAAUGGAUUCGAGAUUCACUGGCCAUUCUUAUCAUUAUCUUGAAAAGGCUGUGAAGUUCGCCAAAGAACAACCCCGCAAAUACCUUUGGGAACGUAAUGCAUAUUUCUACAUUCCAGGUUCCCAUGGGACGUGGGAGCAAUUUGCGGACAUGGUGGCCUCUUCAAUGAGAGGCUACGAGAGUGUCUGGGGGCCAGUCGUUGGCACCGAAGGUGCACCAGCAAAUCCCCUCGGACCCCGACCGCCCGUGAACUCCCCCGACGACGAUGAUUUUGAAUGGGGAAUUGGCGAAGAAGCAGAUUUCAUUUCGUUCUUGCCAAUAUUUGACCCUAUAAAUACCGAAUGGCCCUUCUCCGACAAAAUAUGGGGGCUGCCCGAGAAUAUUCCUCGCAGAGCGUCGCCAGUUGCGAUGGGUCGUGUUUCUAAAGUGAUACUUCAGGGACUGCACGACAUGCAAGUUGAGAAAAAAAUCCGGGCUGGUAUCUGA